GCCAAAAAGUCAAAAGCCAAAAAUAAAAAUAAAAAGCUGCCUUCUCUUUCUUUUCUCGCUCAUUAUUAAUCCUCGAUCCUCUACCCUUGAUCUUGUCACUAUUACUACCAAUACCAUCAUGAACCCUAUUGUCCGUGCCGCCUCUUCCACUGUCCGUGCCUCUUCUACCAUCUCUGUCCUUGGCAAGCGUCUGGCCAUGUUCUCUAUCACCGGUGCCUUGGCCUACUCAUACAUCCAGGACUGCAAGAAUGAUUGUAUGAGCAACACAUAUAGUAUGGUUUCCAGCAUCAGCUCUGGCUUAUGGUUGUUUAGCCAUUUCCCAACCAAUGGGGGCUUCACAGCAUUUACUGUAAAGCCUAAUCCCAUACUAUGGUUAAAGAACAAUAAGAGCAGUGGUUUCUCAUUGGCGCCGAAGCUCCCACUUAUCUGUAUCCCUUAUGUCUUUUUACCAAGUCAAGCUCAACAAGGCCAGGAAGAAAAUCGUGACCACAGUUCCCCCUUCAGGUACGGUGCCGUCGCCAACACGGACAAAGUGUCCGUGUCCAUACGGUCAAACGGUUCGACACCAAGUCGCUCUACUAAAGAGAGGUACCAGGUAGUGGGGUAUCCCCUAAAAACUCCCUUGAUCCACCGGGAUGAGACUGAAGCCGUUGGUCAUACCACUCGGGCCGGCUUCGGAUGUAUUAUACUAGGACAUAUAGGUAAUAACCACGACCGGACUCGAAAGCCCUGGAAGAGCUAUACCCAUAACCUUGUCUCUCCACCCAAGAGACAGUAUAAUACAUUCGGGGGCGGUGGCAACAGCCUCGUCCUCGUGUGGAUCCGGUUCAGCAUAGAAUCUGGCCUAAAGACGUUCAGCCAUCAUCCUGCGGAUCGAAGCUUCACGGAAUCCACCUCAAGCUCAAUAAGGUCCUAUUUCCUUGCCGAUUCUACCAAGCCCGAAGGCCAGGAAGAGAAUCCAGAUUUGAGUCGUCGCCGACACGGACAGAAUGUCCGUGCCCAUACGCUCAAACGGUCCGACACCAAGCCCCUCUGUCUAGUAGAUGUUCCAGGUAGUGGGGUAUCCCCUAAACUCUCCCUUGUACCCGUCGGAAGGAGUCUAAAGCCACUGCUCAUGCCACUAGGCGCCAGCUUCGGAUGCAUUAUACUAGGACUUGUAGUCCUUUAUGGCUCCUACUUCCUGGUAAUAGCUACAACCGGACUCGAAAGCCCUGGAAAAGCUAUACCCGUAACCUUGUCUCUCCACCCAAGAGACAGUAUAUUACAUCCGGUGGCGGUGGCAACAGCCUCACUCCCAGUCGGUUCGCCUUUAGCAAAAGUUCUUGCUAAGAGACUUUCAGCCAUUAUCAGGCUGAUUGGGGCCUCACGGAAUCCACCGUGA